AUGGAUAAUUCUUUAUUUUGGUCAUUACACCCUGAAACUUGGAUGAUCUGGUUCCGAAUCAAGUUCCCAUUUCAUCGAUCUUAUUUAGUUACAGAUUCAUACCCAUUUGAUUCGUCAAUGGGAAGCAAUUAUAAACCAAUCCCCAAAGAUUCUUCUGUCGAAUUGCAAUCAAAAGACCAAGAUAAUCAUGGAUCUCAAAACCCUAAAUCAUCCCACAUUGUAGAUGAUCUAGAUUACGAUGAUCUAAACGAUGAAAUCGAUUUUGAUCACUUGCCCCUUGUAAUUGUUCCAAAAGAAGAUUCUGCUUCUAGUUCUGGUUCUGGGAUCUAUGGAGCUGUGUUUAAUUUAUCCACUUCCGUAAUUGGGGCCGGAAUCAUGGCACUUCCUGCCACCAUGAAAGUUCUGGGUUUAAUCGUCGGACUCAUUUUGAUUUUCUUGAUGGGUAUUCUGUCUGAAAUUAGCGUCGAACUCCUUGUCAGAUUCGCUGUUCAAUCUAAAUCUAAUUCUUACGGGGAGGUCGUUCAAGAAGCUUUAGGAAAACCAGCAAGAAUUUUGUCAGAAAUUUGUAUCAUAGUCAACAAUGCAGGCGUUCUAGUAGUUUAUUUGAUCAUAAUCGGUGAUGUAAUGUCGGGUUCCCUUAGGCACACCGGUGUUUUUGAUCAAUGGUUAGGAAACGGGUUCUGGGAUCACAGGAAAAUAGUAAUCUUGGUAGUAGUAAUCAUUUGUCUCGCCCCUUUAUGUGCUCUCAACAAGAUCGAUUCUUUAAGCACAACUUCAGCCGCCUCGGUUGCCCUUGCAGUUGUCUUUGUACUCGUAGCUUUUAUCGUUGCAUUUAUUAAACUCCUUGAGGGUAAAAUUGGAACUCCAAGAUUAACACCAGAUUUCGGGUCGGAAAAGGCGAUUCUAGACUUACUAGUCGUGAUUCCGAUCAUGUCAAACGCGUACGUUUGCCACUUCAAUGUUCAACCGAUUUACAAUGAGCUUGAAAACCGUUCGCCUCAAAAAAUGAACAAAGUCGGGCGUCUCACAACCGCUCUUUGCGUUACAAUCUACGCGUCGACUGCAAUCGCGGGAUACCUUUUAUUCGGAAAGGACACGGAAUCGGACAUUUUGACUAACUUUGACCGACCUUUAGGGGUUCGGUUUAGUACGGCUUUAACAUACAUUGUGCGUGUUGGAUACGUGUUUCAUUUGGUUCUUGUUUUUCCAGUGAUUCAUUUUUCUUUAAGGCAAACGGUUGAUGCGUUAGUUUUUGAUGGAUCGGCUCCCUUAUCAGAGAGCCGGAAGAGGUGUUUAGGGUUGACUUUUGUGCUAUUAGCAGUCGUGUACUUGGGAUCCACGAUGAUCCCAAGUAUCUGGACUGCUUUUAAGUUCACGGGGGCCACCACAGCUGUUUCGUUGGGAUUUACUUUCCCGGCUCUUAUCGCGCUCCGGUUGAGUAGCCAGGGUCCCGGUUUGAGUAACCGAGAGAGGUUUUUGGCUUGGUUGAUGUUGAGUUUAGCUGUCAUGGUUAGUGUUGUUGGGGUCGUUGGGAAUGUUUAUAGUUUGCAAAGUAAAUCGGAGUGAGUUCAUUCUACUCGAUAGUAAAACUUCAACUGCUCUAUGUUGGAUUCGGUUAGGUUAGGUCAGGUCAUACGAGUAUCAAAUGACGGGAGAAAUAAUUGCCAUUGCGGUUAUUUUUUAUUGUAAGAUGACUAAAUUGCCCUUGCCACGAGAAUAGAUAAUCUCCCGGAACAAUAUAAUUGAGUUAGAUACGGAUG